GGGAGAGUCGGGAAGUUUGGCUCUCAGAUCGUCUUCUGUCCUCUUACCGAGCGGAGCUCCGACACACCGAUCCGACCCGGGGACCCCGAACACCGAAACACCCAGGAUCCAAACGAUGGCGAGCGACGGAUGUAUGAAAGUGACCAAAUACUUCCUGUUCCUAUUUAACCUCCUGUUCUUCAUCCUCGGAGCCGUGAUCCUUGGUUUCGGAAUAUGGAUCCUCGUGGACAAGACCAGCUUCAUAGCGGUUCUACAGAACUCGUCUCAUUCGGUAAAUGUCGGAUCGUACAUCCUGAUCGCCAUCGGAGGGGUGACGAUGAUCAUGGGAUUCUUGGGAUGUCUCGGAGCUGUGAAUGAAGUCCGAUGUCUCUUGGCACUGUAUUUCAUAUUUUUGCUGCUCAUACUGAUUGCCCAGGUAGCCGUUGGCGUCUUCAUUUACUUCCAGAGAGAUCAGCUUAAAAAUGAGAUGUCCACCGUCCUUGACAAUUUGAUUGAGACCUACAACCCGGAGGACGAUGAGAACAAAAAUGCGGAGAUCACGUGGGACUAUAUCCAGCACAAUCUGAAAUGUUGCGGAUGGAAGAGCUACCAGAACUGGACCAAGAACCCAAACGUCGGCAACCACACGGACAUCUUCCCCUGCUCCUGUGUUACAAAUGCCAACAGUUCUUAUGGUUUCUGUAACGCCACCACGUCAGACCUCCAUCAGCAAGGCUGCGAGAACCAAGUGGAAAGCUGGCUGACGGACAACCUGGGGAUCAUCCUGGGCGUGUGCGUGGGAGUCGCUGUUAUCGAGCUUUUGGGAUUGAUCCUCUCCAUGUGCCUCUGCCGAAAGAUUCAAAAUGAAGAUUACACCAAAGUACCAAAAUACUGAACGGCCAAUAAAUCUCCAUCUUCUACCCCCUCUGGGGGAAAAAAAUGACACGCCCAUUCGCCAUUUUGCAAAAUCCAUUGCCUUCCCUUAAACAUUGCCCCCCCCCCCCCCCAUUUGUGUAUAUAUAUGUAUAGCCCAUGUAUGAUUUACCUGUCGGGACGCACUCUUACAGGGGAUGUCAUUGUGAAGCUCUUAACCCUUCACUGACCUGACAGAUCUUUUGCUCUCAGGUUGAACUUCACCUGAGAAAAGAAUCCGGAGAAUUUUUGCGAAAUUGCUGACUUAGUUAAGUUUUUUUUUUUUUUUGUGUGUGUGUAAAGGAAGUUUAGUAUUAAGACUGAUAUGUUAAAAUAAGCGAAUGGAGACCUCAGCAGGCUUCGGCGAUCCACAAGCAGUCAUCUGGAACUAUAAAUCCCAGAAUGGCUUGUCGUUCCUCAGAAGCUGCGCUUUGCUGGAAAAGAUCUAAACUGGUAAUAAGCCGUAACGGUAGAGUCUUAUCUGUGUGUGCUGUUUGAAUAUGCACUCGCUUAAAUAACCCCAGAGGCCACUUUGAAACUUUAAGGGAAGUGUUUAUAAAAAUGUUGUAUUGCUGCCCGUAAAUCAGAAAUGUAAACUCAUUCUGCUCAAAUGGGACAGCUUUGGUUGAUCUCAGGCCUUAUUCUCUACAGAUUGAAUGUGUGAAUGGGAACAGUUCCACAUUAUGUCCACUAGAUGGAGCUGUGGAGCUCAUUUGCUUCCUGUAAUACUCGGCACCAUCUAGUGGUCAUAAUGCGGUAUUUUCCCCAUUCACACAUUCAAUCGCAGAGAAUAUAGCCUGAGACAGUUCCACAUUAUGCCCACUAGAUGGAGCUGUGGAGCUCAUUUACUUCCAAUAAUACUCGGCACCAUCUAGUGGUCAUAAUGCGGUAUUUUCCACAUUCACACAUUCAAUCGCAGAGAAUAUAGCCUGAGACAGUUCCACAUUCUGUCCACUAGAUGGAGCACAUUUGCUUAAUGUAAUAAUCUGCGCCAUCUAGUGGUCAUAAUACAGUAUUUUCCCCAUUCACACAUUUAAUUGCAGAGAAUAUAGCCUGAGACAGUUCCACAGUAUGUCCACUAGAUGGAGCUGUGGAGCUCAUUUACUUCCAAUAAUACUCGGCACCAUCUAGUGGCCAUAAUGCGGUAUUUUCCCCAUUCACACAUUCAAUCGCAGAGCCUAUAGCCUGAGAACGUUCAAUUUAGCUCCGUUUUCAGAGGAGGAAUUUACAUGCAGUUUCGAUGAGCGGCCAGCAAUGUCAAUUUUUUUUAUAAAUACACCUCCAAGGUUUCUGCAUGUGUUUAGGACACUAGUCAUUGUAGACUUUGCCAUUUGAGCCAAAGUGUGAACACG